UUCGAGCACCGACGCUCCGACCGCACUUAGGGGCUGCCCCGGAACCGGACGCCGGUCGCUCCCCCUGGCCCGUCACACCCAACAUGGCGGCCACCCGCAUAUGGCGGCCGCCGCACUCCGCCAGGGCCUCCGAGACGCUGGGCACGGCCGAGCACCGCCCCCUCGGCUCGGCGGCCGUGGCGGCGGGCCCCGUGCAGGGGACGCCCCGGGGGGCGCCGGAGUGGAUGCUGUGGCGAGGCAUGCCGAGCGACGCGGCGGCCGCCUGCCGCCCCUGGAAGGGCGAGCACCCCACGGCGGCGGCCGCCCUGCUGGCGCGGUGCCUGGCGGCGGGCGUCGUGAGCCAGGAGACAUUGGAUUUAACCUGUAGAAAAACCCCUUGCUUCGUGAAAUUAUCAGAGAUGGAAAAAAUGGCAGGCAUUCAAGCUGAAAUCAAUGAGGUACAGCCGGAGAAGAAACUGAAAAUUGAAAUUCUGCAGUUGGAGAAGGAGACAGCAGACAUUGCUCACCAUUUUUACUUAGGCAAAAAAUGUGAGAUUUUGCAAGAUAUGAACAGACACUUGGAAGCCGUACUGAAGAACAAGAAAUGUCUUAGGAAGAGGCUGAUAAAGCCCAAAUGUCAAGACAGCCUGCCUAUUGAGGCUACUUUCCACAAAUACAUAGUAGAGUUGUUGGCUGAGGCUGUGACUUUCAUUGAGAAGCUUGAAAGCCAUUUGCAGGCUUUAAGAAGCAUCCCUCGGAUACCGAACAUCAUGAGGGAUAUGAACACUGCCUGGACAAAAACAGAGCUGCUCGUGAUGGAGUUAGAGGAGCUGACAAAGCAAAUACUGAAAUGGAGAGAACUGCAAAAAGAAGUAUAUUCUGCCAGCAUCUGCAAUACUGCUGAAUUGGACUUUGGCUUAUCUUGAACCUGACAAAAAAUUUUCAUUAGAUGGGAUGGCUUUUCAAAGAACUACCUCCUUACAGUCUGUGAAACCCACAACAAAUUUGUGCUUUAAUCCAACAGGGCCUUUGUAGGUAGCUAUAUUUCUGUUCUUCUGUAACAGUUCUUCAAUGACUUUUUUUGGGGGAAAAAAAGGGGCGGGGGGGGGGGGGGCAAUGAACAGUAGCUCAUAGGAAGGCAGACUACCGAGAAGACUGUGGUGGAGUUCCUUUUUUAAAUAGUUGGACAGUACUCCCUUGGAGGCUAUUUCUUCAAUGGAAAUUUGUUUUGAUAUUUCUUAUGCAUUUGCUAUAGUGUCUGUAUUAGUUUUUAUAAAUGUCUUGAUGAUACGCUGUAUUUUGUAUGUCACUGUAAAACUUCAAUGAAAGCACUAGAUUUCAA